AUGGUUGCCAACAAUGAGCAGCGCCCCGGCCCCGGGGUUGGUGAUUACCCCUCCGAUAACGAUAACCCCGGAGGGUCCGCAGACUCCGGCUAUGACCCUUCGUCCCUCCCGAAUGCCGUGAAAGCGCGCAAAGAAGAAUAUACCCACCAUCGGACUCUCAAAGUGAAGGUUGGGAGCUGGAAUGUCGCUGCCAUCGCUGGCACGGAGAGAGAUAUCGGGAAGUGGUUUGUGCAAAAGGAGGGAGUAUGCGGACAACCCGCAUCGGCGUUGCAAAAUCGCUCAGCAUCAAAAGUGGGAGGCUCCGGGGGAGCUGCUUCGCUCCUCGAGACCCCACCUGAUGAGAUUGAUCUUUAUGUUUUAGGCCUGCAAGAAAUCGUUGAUGUCUCCUCGCCUGCAGAAGCAUUGAGGCCAUAUGUGGAUACGGCUCCCGCCAGUCGCUGGAAAAGAGCCGUUGAGGAUGCGCUUCCCCAAGGUUACAAACUGAUUGCGGAAACUCAGCUUAUUGGGUUAUUACAACUUAUUUAUGCUGCCCCGUCCAUUGCCGAUAGCAUCUCCGCGGUAAGCUCUACCAGUGUAGGUACAGGCCUGCUCGGAUACAUGGGCAACAAAGGAGCUGUCGCGACGCGCCUGUUACUAGGCGAGACUACGUGUUUUAUUUUCGUCAAUUGUCACCUGGCGGCGGGCUCGGACAAGGCCAGCUUAGACCGACGGAACUGGGACGCCUCACAGAUUGUCGCUCGUACAAAAUUUGACCCGGUUGAUACUGACUAUACGCUUCGAGAUGCGCCCUGCGAAAGCAUUGGAGAUGAGGAUUACGCAUUCUGGUUUGGCGACCUAAAUUACCGCCUAGAGGAUAUCCCUGGCGGUGACGUACGGCAGGUUCUUGCUCGGCAUACGGAAAACGAGUACGACAGGAGACACAGCGCGUUGCGUGAGGUUGAUGGUUCAUCGUCUCCGCGCAUUGUCGUCGCUGAGGACGUCGGUAGUCAGUCGCCCGUAUCCGAGGUAAUUCCAAGCGACUCUGAUGAAGAGCUGGAUCCCAAUCAGGAUCCGGCUUCUCUUCAAACAACGAUAUCUUCAUUGUUUCCUCAUGAUCAGUUGCGAAUGCAACAACAUAAGCAGAAAGCCUUUCAUGAAGGUUGGCGGGAGGGCCAGAUCUCGUUCCUGCCCACGUACAAGUACGAUGUCGGCAGCGUGGCGCGGUUUGACUCUAGCGAGAAGCUUAGAGGACCUAGCUGGUGUGAUCGCAUCCUUUACCGGUCACGCAAGGAUAAGCUUAGGUAUGAGAAGCUCGUUAAGGAAGCUACCGAGGCUAGAAAACGAGACGAAGAGAUGAAAGCGAGGGGACUUGACAGCGCCGCGGCCGAUGAUAGCGUUUUGUUCGACUACGACCCAGACGCUGAUGGUGAUAGCGGUGAUGAAUAUGAUCCGGACGACGAACAAGAUAAUGAAGACGUCUCGGCCGAUGUAUCCUCAGAAGCGGACAACUCCAUACGAUUAGACUAUUAUACCUCUCACCAAGGCGUUCUUUCCUCAGACCACAAACCGCUAGUUGCUGGCUUCACGCUAGAACUAAACUGCGUGGAACCGAAGCUCAAAGCCCAAGUGCAUCAGGAAGUUGUGAGGGAGUUGGAUAAGGCCGAGAACGAGUCUCGACCCGGCUUAACAGUUGUGGUUGACAACCACGGCCGUGAACCGUCCAAGUCAGAUAUUGAUCCGAAUGCUGUGGAUUUUGGAGAUAUUUCUUUAGACGUCCCUGCCAGUCGGGCGUUGACUGUUGCCAACACAAGCGGUGUACCUGCCACAUUUUCUAUCCAGAAACCGGAGCGCGGCGGUGAUGCUGAGGCAACGCCGUGGCUAGAGUACAAAGUCGAGAAGCCGCACCACGAGGAAUCUGAAGACCAAACCCAACCAGCGUCAUCGAACGAAUGUACACUUUUGCCCGGGGAGCUGGCUAUGGUUGAAGUCACAAUCUGGGUGCGAGACACCAAGUUCGUCCGCCUUCUCAAUAAUGGAAAGGUGAAGCUCGAGGAAAUCCUGGUCCUUCGAGUAAAAGAUGGCAGAGAUCAUUUUGUCUCUGCAUAUGGAAAAUGGCUACCAACCGCAUUCGGUCGUAGCUUGGAGGAACUCACUCGGCUCCCCGAGGCUGGCGCACGUACCCUGGUCGCCACCCGCCCAACAGAGAGCCAUGACCAAGCAGGAGCUCCGAUAUCCGCCCCUAGAGAGCUAUUCAAGCUAACCGAGGCGAUCUCUGAUCUCACGGAACGCGCAGUUGCCGAAUGGAGUAUGGUGCAAGGCGAGGAUGAUGAGUCCAAGGCUCCCUGGGAAAGGGGGCCGCAUGGUUAUGCCUGGCCUUUUGAGCCCGAGACGUGGACGCUCAAAGACAAGGAAGCACGCUCGCCGCUUCUAGCCUUGGCUCGCGAGGCCCUAGAUACCAACCAACCUUUCAGCCAUGUGUUUCCUCCUGAAGUACCGUCACUACAUCGACUCGAGAUCCUAGGCGAGGUUCUUGUUGCGUUUCUGCGCUCCCUGAAAGAUGGGGUCAUCUCUGCAUCUGUCUGGCAAAACCUCGACCAACAAAUUCAAGCUCGAGAAAAGGCCAAGCAGACCCCGCUCUCUUGGGAAGACUCGCAGGCUUGGGUGCUCGAGAGCCUUGCCCCGUCACCGGCGCACAGUGUCUCCUUUACAUUCGUAACAUUCAUGCUGGCGCGAAUAGCCAACGAAGUCGCACCUGUCCCGUCCAUGCCUCCUCACUCUAAGGAACCAGAUCUCAAAGAAAAUACAAAAGAUACCCACCAAUCUAGGGACAAUGACAAGGACGACCAAUCGUCAACCUCCUCACCUAUCUCCCGGACAUCCUCGGUAUCCCGGACGUCCUUUAUUUCCGGCGGUAGUUUACGGCGGAAGCUAACGAUCUCGGAGCCCUCAUCCUCAUUUCCACAGUCACCGGACCCCGCCGUAUCACAUAUGGCCCAGCGCCGACUCGCCGUUGAAAGCGCCCUAGCCGCAUUCUUCUCAUCCGUGCUUAUAUCUUCUGACGUCCCUGUCCCAUCUAAGGAUAAAGAAAGGCGACUCCUGGAGGACCGCAAGCGCGGUAUCAUUGAGCCGUUCCUCAAAACUAUUGGGGUGGACUAUAACGGACCGUCCGGCGGCGCGCCAUGA